AUGGCGACUCCGGUAGUGAUUGGAGUGGGCGACUUCAAGAACAGGUCUCAGAAGCUGGAAGAUGCUAUUGAGCCUGCCAAGCUGAUGCUCGAGGCCAUCCGUCUAGCCAUCAAGGACACUGAUCUUCCAUCCGCAGUUGCAUCUACUCUUCAGUCAAGCAUCGACAGCAUCGCCGUGGUAGAGACUUGGACUUGGCCAUAUCCAGACCUCGCAGGUCUCAUUGCGAAGGACCUGGGCGUAAAUUCACGUUACAAGUAUGUUAGCCCACAUGGAGGAAAUCAGCCGGGGAAGAUAUUUGAUGAAGCUGCUCGCCGUAUCUCUGUCGGCGAGGCGAAGGUGGCAGUAGUCACCGGCGGCGAGGCUUUGGCUUCACUAACUGCUUGCGCUGUCGCCAAAAAGAUGCCGCCCCCUGGCUGGACCAAACCCGCAGAGAAUGUUGAUUCGGUCUUUACUGCUUCCAAUACUGAUCUUCUACGAAAAAAUCUUGGCUCCAUCCACUCCAUCGGUCUACCCAUUCAAGUCUAUCCGAUCUAUGAGAAUGCGUUUCGAGCACAUCGCGGCCAGUCCAUUCAGCAAAAUACCGAGGAGUCAGCUAUCCUGUAUUCCGAGUUUGCCAAAGUAGCUGAGUAUAAUCCUGUUGCUUGGAACUACGGAAAGCCUGCCGAGUCUCCAGAGGCUAUUGCUACUGUGACAAAAAAGAAUCGAAUGAUUUGUUUUCCGUAUCCGCUCUUGAUGAAUGCUUUCAAUACCAUCAAUCUGGCCGGAGCUUGUAUAUUGACUUCCACCGAUUACGCAAGAGAACUUGGAAUUCCCGAGAGUCGGUGGAUAUAUCCCUUAGGAGGUGCGGGAACUAAAGAUGUUGAUAACUUCUGGGAACGGCCAAAUUUCCACGCCAGCCCGUGUAUUUCGAGAUCGAUAGAUGCCGGCCUAGAGAUCUCCGGUCUCACGAAAGACGACAUUGACCUGUAUGACUUCUACUCGUGUUUCCCGAUCGUCCCUAAGAUUGCUUGUCAACAUCUGGGCCUGGAUAUCAAGAACCCUACGAAGCCCAUUACUCUCCUCGGAGGAUUAACGUCUUUCGGUGGCGCAGGAAACAACUAUUCAAUGCAUGCUCUAACCGAAAUGGUAAGACAGCUUCGGAAGGGCGACAAGAAAUACGGCCUCGUCCUGGCAAAUGGCGGCGUUAUGAGCUACCAGCAUGUCGUGUGCCUUUCUUCGCAACCAAGGAAGAACGGCAGCGCGUAUCCUAGCAAAAAUCCGCUACCUGAACUGCUAUCAGAUCUUCCUGUUCCACCAAUCGAGGAGCACCCGGAGGGAGAGGCGACGAUUGAGACAUACACGGUGGAGUACAACCGUGACGGCAGCCUAUUGAGAGGCUACAUCGUCGGUCGGUUAAAGGCCAAUGGUCACCGAUUCCUGGCAAACGACGCAGAUGCGAAGACUUUGAAAGAACUGUCCAAUCAAUCUGAAGAGCAAAUCGGACGAAGCGGCUGGGUGAGAAAGGAUACCGAAAAGGAGGGCAGGAGCUUGUUUAGCUUUGAGAGGAGCACGAAGCUGUAG